GGAGGACAUACAGAUCAGAGGUGGUGUCAUCUGAUGAAAAGUAUGUGUAUGAGUAUCAGUCUAAGGACUUGUAUACACCUGUAUCCUCUAAAGAUGAGAGAGAUAAGCAGCAUUGGCCUGAGUUUAAUGAUGAUUAUGAUUUUGGGGAAGGACACUUUGAAUUGGGUACAAGAUUUGCAACACUUGAUCAUUUCAAGGAAAUGGUGAGGGACCUAUUCAUUUUUUAGGGCAGAGAACUAAAAUAGAUCAAGAAUGAUAAGGAAAGAGUCAAAGUGGGAUGUAAAGUUGAGGAGUGCUAUUUUCUUGUGCAUGUGUCCAAGAAUACUUCACUAAUGUGCUUCCAAGUGAAGACAUUCAAGUCUGAACAUACUUGUGCCAGAGGCCUGGGAAGUAAUGCUGCUGACCAACAUUGGCUAAGCAAGAAGAUUGAGAAGAGGUUAGCUACACAAGCUCACAUGAAUAGAAAAGAAGUCAUUGACUUCUUCAAAGAGGGGUUUGAUUUGCAUCCACAUGAGAAGAUGGUGUAUAGGGCUUUAAGGGAAGCAAGAGAGAGGAUUAUAUAGAAUGAGAAAGAAUAAUAGAGCAAAACUGCGGGACUAUCUAUUUGAGAUAUUGAGGAGUAAUCCUAGGUCAACUGCUUUGUUGGAGGUGAUUCCGAUUCCACAAUCUCCCCUAGUAUUUGACAAUGUAUACAUAUGGUUGGAUGCAUGCAAGCAAGGUUUCAGAAAUGGUUGUAGACCAUUAAUACACCUAAACAGAUGCUUUUUGAAAGGCUAUUUUGGGGGACAAUUGCUCUCUGCCGUAGGACAAGAUGUAAAGAACCACUUCUACAUUGCGGUUGUUGGCUCGGAGACAAAGGAUUCAUGGAAAUGGUUCUUGAGUUUGCUUGAAGAAGACCUAAAAAAUGCAUCACUUCAUGGAUGGAAUUUUAUGAGUGAUCAACAAAAGGGACUGAGACAAGCAUUAAAAGACCUCAUGCCAAAUGCAACUCCCACAACUGUGUCAUGCAUAUGUGGAAGAACUUCGUAAAUCGGUUCAAGGAUUUACAAAUGAGAGAGAGCAUAUGGGAGUGUGCAAAUUGUACAACUCCUUCAGAGUUUGUAGAAAUGAUGGAGAAACUAAAAAAGAUCAACAAAGAUGCUUAGACUUAUCUGACUAGGUUUGAUCCAAUGACAUGGGUAAAAGCCUACUUUAGUCACGGUUCAAAAGUAGAUAGUCUGACCAACAAUAUGUACGAAUCAUGAAAUGCAAAAAUUGAGAAGUAUCGAUACAAGCCAAUUCUAACUGUGUGCGAGUAGUUAAGAUGUUAUCUAAUGAGAAGGACUAGUAAGAUUUCACCUGUGCAGCAGAAGAGGCUUGACCGCAUGACCAAACCAACCAAUAGAUGGAUUGCUGAGUGGACUAGUGACCAUGAUAGGAAAAGGUUUCAGGGAUCCCUUGCUUUCAUGCAAUUGCCGCUAUCCACAAGAGGCAUGAUAAACCAAAGGAUUAUGCCCACAAAUGACUGUGCAUGGACUCAUUUCAUGCAACAUAUAGACAUUGCAUUUAACCAAUACAUUUCAAGAAUUCAAUCUGCUCCCCAACCAGAGGGAGCAUCUGAGACCCCCAGCUUGAAUAACCCACCUCCACAAAGGAUGAAGCAACUAAUUGUUAGGCCACUAACCACCUCCACCUUUGUUCCAGCCUCUAUGGUGAAUCAGACUCCUCCAAUCAUUGGAGCUCACUUCAGGCCUCCCACUCCAACCAACACACAACUUCUAUCCAGCAAUGAAAUUAAUGCUUCUACUGGAUCAAAGGUGACUAAACCAAGUCAACAAGAUGGACUUAGUGCUGAGAAAAUGGCCUUAGCAACUUCCGAGACUGCAUCAAGACUAUUCAAGUUCAUUUCCACUCCUGGAUUUAGGCUUCCUAGGAAGAACUAGAAGUGUAGCCCUAGGUUUAUAUUCUAACAAGUAGAUCCUGUCUUUUUGAUAAACUAGUUUACAUACAGCCGCAACAAUUAGUCUUUUGGUUAUAGGGCUAUAUGUUGCCCACUUUUGGAUUAAGGACUUAUCAUACUCUAUUUUUCUGUGUUUCUAAUGUUGGUACAGGGCUAUAUGUUGCCCACUUUUGGGGUCACCUUGUGCACAAGAUGUUGACAUUUGGUUACUA